UCAUCAGUAUGUACAUGUGGAUUUAUUAGAGUCAAAGCUACAUGUGGACAUUCUCAAGAUGAUAAUUGUAAUAUUGUGAGCGUAGGUACUUUUGGUCUGUGGUGAGCAAUUUACUUUGAAUUUUUUAUUUGACUUUAAGAAGGUAUUGAGUAUUCAAGUGAGAAUGUGCUGUGAUUGGUAAUGUUGUGAAUGAAAGGUCAUUGCCAGUUUCCAAAGCCAUAGAUGAUAAAAUUGUUUACUUGUAUGUGUGAUUGGGGGGGAAAAAAAUAAUUAGCAUAUCAUUAGUCAGCACAACACCAUCUGGCCAGAAAACUACAUGAUGAAGGUGUUGCUUUCGUUUUUCUGCAUAAGUCUGAAAUGUAAUAUGAUUAUUUUAAAAUGAUAAAUAACAAUUUUAUUUUUUGGUUUAUAUUCUUUUUAAUCAAUGCAAGACCAAUUUGUAUUUUUAAUUUUCUUUUGCUCCUCACUGUAAGAUGUGGCAAAAACAUGUUAUUAACCAUGGCCUUUUAACUAGUCAUUUCGGCAUGUUAAAAAGAAACAAAUGCAAAAGAUUGUGUGAAGAUAAAUUAUUCCUAUAGUUUUAUAUAUUUGCCUUAUGAAUAUACAGUGGUAAAAACCUAGCUAAAAUUAAUGUCAUAACCAGGAUCGACAUUUUUAAGGUACAUGCAUACGUAAAAAUCUCCGAGUGUACGGAGGUACUCUACAAAUCACUUUCUGUUCCCUUGUUUUUCCCAUGAUGCCAUUUUUCAACCUCCUUUUUCUAUUGCAACAUCUGAACACGGACUAGAUUAUAUACUCCUAGUUAUAUUUUGCAUCCACUUUAUUCAUUUUCCAUCACUCCAUUCUACCAUAAACUCCCUUUUCCACAGUGGCUUUCGCUUUAACUAAUUAAAUGCGUUAUUUAACAUUUUUAGAUUUUCAACGGGAAGUUUUUAAUCUGAAACCUAGGCUAGGAUUUACUAUACUAGUUUACUCUAAUUUAAUACGGGAUGUCUACGUCGACCUGUGCUGGAAAUAUGAAGUCCCUGAAGAAAUGCUCCUAUAAUAAACGCAUAACGGUUCUCUAGCUGCUAACCAAACGCUUGAAAGGACGUUGACAAUUUUAGUUUAGGAACAUGGGCUCACGGAGCAACACGAAACAGAAAAUGGCCUUAACCACCUUCGCUUUUACGUGAAUUAGCGGCGUCUGGCGACGGUGGUUUUGUGCGUGUGUUCUCCCGGUACGCGCGUGCUGAUGGCGAAAGGAGAGCGCCGCGUCCUCCAAUCAGAUUGACCGGUGUCAUCGCGUGCUCCGGUCACGGCGCCGUGUCGGUAUGUGUAGACAACGUUAGAUGCAACGGAAGACUGGGAGAUGGACAGGGAACUGCGUCUAGUAAAAAUUGUUAAAAAAAAAAGGAUAAUUUUUAAUCGACUGUGACUUUAUUAAUAAAGGGGAAAAUCAUACAGUAUGUUAGACGUCGUAGCAUUUGCUUGUCUCCUUCAAUUUUAACCUCCGUUAACAUCUCGUGGCAACGACGACUUAAUUCUUCUCUGGAUAUCGAUCGAGUCGACAAGAUGUCACCGGCGCAGAAGAUCAGGCUUUACCCACUCUGUCAACGGAACGUGUCGUGCAGCAGAGUUUCGGCAGCCGCGUCCGUCCCUCACGGUGGCUCGAGUCCUCGGUGAAAGCUUUGUUUUCUUCGUUAGGACCGCAGGGCAGCGGACGGUAAUGGAGAGCGCGAGGUCACAUGUGGUACUGGACAGAAGCGCGCUGGCCCAGCAGGUGGAGAGUGUGGAGCGGAGCAUCAUUUUUCUGCGGCAGGAGCAGCUGACCCUGCUGCAUGGUUUACACCUGGAGAUCCUGUCCCUGCAGAAGCGCUGCACCGAAUUGACCCACGAGUUGAACGUGAAGCCUCCUGGUAAGACUGAAGCAGAGGUGCGAGAGGAAGAGGAGCAGCUGGAGGCGUGCUGCCGCAAUGUGGAGGGCAGGCUGCAGCAGCAGCAACGCUCACACCACGAGCUCCGCCAGGAGAUUGGCCACAAGGGGGCGCUGGUGGGCGCAUUGCGGUCCAGCCUGAAGGAGAAAGAGCGCCACUUCCUGGAGGAGCUCAAGAGACGCAGCCACAGGACCGCCAUGCUGAACGGCGAGCUGCAGAAGCAGACCGAGGCGGCUGCCCACCUGUCCUUCCAGCUGCACACGGCCAAGCAGAAGCUUCAGCACCAACAGCGCAGGAGGCAGGCGGCGGCAGGCGCCGACAAGCCCCUUCCCUGUGCCUCGUCCCAGCCCCCCGCCUAUGGUGGCAGCCCACCUGCUGUCAAGCCCAAGCGACGUGGUGGUGCCGGGCUGUCCUCAUGCCUCCGUGCAGAGCGGGCCAGAGAGUGUGUGCCCCGCGAGAGGGUCACGGGCCCUGAGGAACCCACGGCUAUGCCCGACCCAGCGGUCUUCCUUUACCCCUGUAGACCGGCGGCCUGGCCACGUCACGCUCACAGACGAGUGCCGCAGGGGGCCGAUGGAGGGGAGGGGCCACACAAGCCAGACCAGGGGGACCCGGCUGGGCGGCUGGUGGCGGCCUCGCCCAUAGCUACGGCUGCUGCCACUGAGGGCAAGGCAGAGUGACUCCUGCUUUAGCCUCUCCCAUAUAAACUCCUUGCUUCUUUCAGCACUGUUCGCCUGACAGAGUGCAUGGACUGGAAAAAAGAAAGAAUUUCUCCAUCUCUGACAGUGGCAGAUACAUCUUUCUAUAUUUGCCAUUUUGCCAAUUUCACUGAAUUUACACGUAUUGUAUUAAUUCAUAGAAAUGUUUUUGUUGUUGUUCUUUUGCACAAAGUAUAGUGCAUUUGUAUUAUUGGCCAGUGUACUAGCCACAGUGCCCAGUACUGCAGUGUAGUUUCACCUGUUCUUAGGAAGGACAGCCAUAGGGCAACUUAUACUUGUCCAUAUGGUAGAGUGCUUGUGUCUGUUUUUUUUUUCUCACUUAUUGAGUGCUUAUUGGAUGCACUUGUUUGUCAGGAUUACUGUAUAUCCUUGUCACUUCUCUCUUAUUGCUCUUCAGACACUUUCACCGAGAGUGCUGCAUUGCAGUUCAAGCCGAUUUAAUUACCGCAAUUUCACUUUUCCCCUCAUAAAUAUAAACCAGCAGUUUCAUCAGUACAACAUGGCACACCAGUAGUGAACUCAGAGCUAUGUAUUGUAGUGCAGGGUGUGGUGCCUAAGAAGACUGUGGUAAGAUCGUGUGCGUUUGCUGAUAGUGAAGCGGCUGGUGGUAAAUGAAGUGAGGAAUCUUGUUGUAAAUGUGGUAGGAAUCAUUGAUGUGGAAUGUAAAGUCUGAUUGCUAGGUUAAAUGACUAUGAAGACAAGACUACCUUUCUUAAUCACUGACAGAACCCUCUAGGUAGCUCUGAUAUUGAAAGUAAAACAUUUGUCCCAGCAUACUUUGUCAUUUAUGAGUACAGCAUUUUAUAAACUUAAUCUUAUGAUGCCUUUGAUUUGACUUGUUCAGGGACUGUUCCUUUCACAACCACUGCGUGGCUCUAUUGUACAAUUUAUGCUCCCGCAAGAUGUUAUGCCCACAUAACAUCAAAUGGUAUUUAACAAUAUACUUCUUGUGCUAGUCUAGCGAUAUUUAUAACGUUCCAUAAUGUCUUGGGUCAAGUGGAUAAUAGUAUUGCUUAGAUGACCACGGCUCUGAAAGCAGCUCACAAAAGCAACCUCACUAAGGCUGGCUUUCCAGAAACAGACAAAGCAAGGUCUUAUUGAGAAACCCCACACAUCGUCUAAUUUGGUGGAAGACUUGGCUUAAUCUGUCUAUGGACAACCAGUCUCUGGAGUAGAGAAUGUGCUACUGAAUGCAUUCAGUUAAAGCAUAACUAAAUCCUAAUGAUGUUAUUGUUGCCUCCUUCAGGGCUUUGUUCUAGAUUUUAGAUGUGCAUGAAAUACACAUCUGCAGUUAUAACAAAUCUUUGUACUGCAACAGUGCCGACUGUCCUGUUCCUGUAUACUACAUAACAGUAUCACUCAUCACGAUAUUUGGUAAAUGAAAAAUGAAAUUUUUGGGGGGGAUAUUUUACUGAAAUGUAAAGUACUUUUAAAUCUAGCUACUACUGUGAUUAGCCUUCCAUGGAUUGUAGUGAGAUGCAAUACUGCCCCAAGUGGCAAUGUAAUGUCCUCAGUGCUUAAUCCACUUUUCAACAUGUUCCUUUGCCCAUUUAUACAAGAUUUUAAAAAUGGCUUAAACACAAAGAUGGUCAGCCUUGAAGUAAUUUAGUUUGAUAGGUUUUUUUUUUUGUUGUUGCUAAGUUAAGAAAGAAAAUGUCUGAGUGAAAAAUCACUGUCUUCCCUUUUCAGAGUGAUAGACAUUUUUUGACUGUCACAUAAUAUAUAAAUGUUUUGUUGUGUCUUAAUAGCAGUGACAGGUGACUAAUGAACUGUGCUUACAACCAAAUUGUUUUAUAAAGUCUUAAAACCACAUACAUGAUACUGUUCAUCAAAAUUAUGCAAUAAUGCACUACAUUCUCCAGAACACAUAAUUAAAUAGUUCUUAUCCUUAAA